CUUUAGUCUUCCUCCCAGCAUUGCCACGUUGUAUCCACGUGUACACGGCAGAUCACGGCAGCACCCUGCAUCGUGAAACGAUCGACCAAAGGCAACGGGAAGGGUUUGCAGCAAGAAAGUUUUGAUCUGCUCGUUGCCGGUGCCAUUGAUGCUGCAAUGCGCUUUGGCAGUCGGUCUGCGCAUGAGAGGACUCCUGCAACCAUAUCAGAGGCUGCGCCGCGGCUGGAUUCGACGUUAGAUGCUGAGCCAACGAUCCCGACCUACAGGUCUCGGAGGCAGGCCAAACGGCCAAACGGUACAGGGACGAUUGGUGGAAACCUUCGUCAAGGAGAUUUUGUUGAGCAGAAGACAUUAGGAACGCUGGACGAAGCAUAUUGGAACAGAACCAAUUCCCAGUUGCUAUACGCCAGCGAAAUGGCACCGGGUAGGAGUAGGUCUACCGCCUGGCCAAAGUUUGAACAGAACAAUGUCUCAGCUCGCAGCCUCCCACAUACCGAAGUGUAUCAGCCCACUGGUCGCCCAGAUGAAGGCUACCGCGGCCCGCAGUACGCAUCGUCGCAACGCUUCUACGACCCUUCGAAAGAGCCCUAUUAUGUCUCACAGCAGACUUCCGCCUCUGCAGUCCGGGACAUGGGUUUGCGCAAAGGCUCGCCCAUAGCAUUCCACCAUGAUACCAACAGCGAUACGACUCUUGUUAAGAAGCCACUCAAGUCAGCAUUGAAGAAGCGGAAAUCUGAAGCUAGGAAACAACCAGACACGUCAGGUUUGUCGCGAACCAACAGCAGCGGGAGGAAGCUCGAUCUGUCCCAGAUGUUCUCACACCCCAGAGCUCAGUCUCGAAGCCUCUUCUCGCCGUACGGCUCUGUGUACUCACCCUCUGCGGAUGUCAACGCGCCCAGCUACUUCACGCCCGAGACGGUCCAGCUGAAGCGGCCGGGCCCAGACGGUCGGUUCGAGAACCCGAAGACUACGAACUUAUCUCCCGUACAGCCAAUCAAUACCAGUCGAAUCAAGAUCUUCGAGCCUGAUAUUUUCGAUUCGGCCAAGACAAACGUGCGACGUCCGCCGAAAGGUAUCCAGAAUUGGUUCGACGGCUUUGACAUCAGCUCGGAGGAAGACGAAGCAGAUCCGGGCAACGACCUGCAUGAGGUUGAUCCCCAUGACUUGGCAGCUGACUAUAACCGCCCAGCACUUAUCGAUCCAUGGUCCAAAGCCGCGAAAGAACAGCCAAACCCAUACCAUAAAGGCUCGCAAGACGCUCUGGAGGAUAGAGCCCGCGCGAUCGAGCCCGCUAAAGAGCGAUUGCAGGAACGCCUGCGGGUGACGGAUGAGCGUAAAGGCAGCGUCGCCAGUCAUGUGUCGUCAGAUCACACCAGUCGCCGGCGCGGCGGAGAAAGCAGGCUGGCCAUGUCGGAGCUGGGCUCACAGAGCGUCCUGUCUCUGUCUGAUUCUGGAGACGACGUCGAGGAUGGAGUCGAUCUUGCAAACGACGUCGAGGAUGAUCUUGCAGACGCCGACUUUGAUCUGUCCGUACCACCGGAGAAGUUGGUUGAGCCGGCGCAGAAAGUCAAGACUCAGCGCAGCAAGCCUCGAGAUAGCGCGCCACGGCACAGCGCGAGCACGCAGUUGACAAGUCAGACGUCUGGAUCCAUCCCUAUCAAGCUGACCGAUGACGGCUCCUUGCCGGACAUCCCAACUUUACCGAACAGCAAGCGCACUACAAAUAUCAGCUACAACCACCCAACCCAGCAAGCACUCCGAAAACUGACCGGCCAAGGCUCUCAGGCCUCUGUCGGUCUCAACAACCAACGCGCUCCGAAAACACCGACUCAGGAGUAUCAGGAGACGGUCGGUGAGACAGUCGUCAGUGGAGAGACAGUUAGCCCAGCGCCCACAGAAGCCUCGCGCAUCAUGGCUGUCACGGAGGAAGAGAUGAUACUGCUGGAGAUGAUGCGUCGCAAGCGCGCAGCUAUGCAGAAGAACAGCUUCACGGAAGGGUAUCAACUAGCGCUCAAGCGUGAGCAAGAGCAAUUGGCGAAGCGAAGAGAAAGUGCGCAGCAGACAGCGAUGAAGAUACUACGAGCGAAGGAGGACAGGCAGAAGUGUCGGCGUGGCAGCAAGACCGCAGAGUCUGGCGCUGCGAAUGAUGUCAAGCCGGAGUUGAGAAGGUACAGCCAGCUUCGCAAGGAAGACGUGGACAGGGCACUUAAGGUGGAGAGAUUCCUGGCAAGCGCAGAGACACCGACGAUCUCAGAGUUCCCCGAGCCUCCUUGUGAGACUCGAUCAAUGCAUGGGCUUGGCUUUAAGCCUUUGCAGAAUGCGUUCGAGGUACUGUCGCCGAGCACAUACAACGCGAAGCCCGGCAAGAGCGCUGAGGAUUUGCCUCCGUCUCCCUCGCACGAGUCAUCACCCGCACUUGAUUCGCACGAACUCGAAGACCACCAUCUACGCGUCCGUCAAUUCCUCGCACUAAGUGGGACAAGUGAUGGUCUAUCAUCAAUCGCUCCGACAGCAACAAAGACGCCACUGGCAAGCUUUCAUCGUAACAUGGGUGCCAGUCCGACAUCGGCCCUGGAAGAGAAUACCAUACCCGACGUCCCAGAACGCAGUCCACAUCGCAUGUCAAGGCUCUACGAGCUCGGCAGAAAGGACCGGAAAGGCGUACUUUCGGAACGCUCACCCUCCUACGGGAGCGACUCCGUGUCGCCCCACGAGCGUAAGCAAGAUCGUCCCACACCGCCCUCAAGAGAAGCGAGCAAAGAUGGCCAACCGCCUUACUACCUUUCACCCAACUUCGACUUUGCUCCACUGGACUUCUCGGCAACGCAGCUAUCGGCGUCGCCUUCAAUUUCGACCAGCCGAGCGUCUCCGCUCACGCCUACCUUCGCCACGGCACCACCAUCGGACAAGCCUACGACGGAUGGAGCUUAUAGCAGCGAUGCGAGCUUGCGAGGCAGAACCGUCACGCCGGACACAGAUCUGGCCUCGCUGUCUACACAAGGCCCCGUUGCUGGUACGACCGCGAGCAGUAAGAAGCAGAGCGGCAAGGCGAGAAAGGCUCAGCCGAGACUGGAGUCGAUUGUCAGCUCGGGAGUUGAUGCUCGUGGGAGCAUUGCAAGCAGUAUCGCUAGCAUUACGAGCGCUGGGGCGGAUGUGUUGGCUGCAUGGGCCGAGUUGGGGGGGAAAAGCGAGACGCUACCGAGCAAGCGGAGGGUGCGAUGAUCAAACUGGCAUGAAAUGGAGCCCACGAAGCGGAUAUACUAUGUAUUUGUAUAGUGCCAGAUGUAUGCUGCGCGUGCACUAUGUACAGUACCUGAACGCUAGUAAACUAUCAUUACCCAUCGGUCAAUUGCUUC